AUGGAGAGCAAAGGCAAAAAGUCAGAAAAUGGCGAGGAAACAACGAUACCAGGUCAAGUUGUACAAGAAAGUCAGAGUUCUAGCAGUAAUGGUAAAGUUCCUCACAAAUCUGAAAGUGAAAAGAAGAUAAAGAAAUCCGGAGAAACGAAGAAACAGCCUGAAAACGAACAGAAUGAAUACUGGGAUUUAGUAGAUGAAACACCGCCAAUAAGUUCUGAUGAUUCAGACACGUGUUGGAACAUUUUUACAAAGAUAGGUGUUAUUUUAUUCAGUAUCACCCUGUUUUUCAUCGUUCUGGUAUCAACAGGAUUAACAAGAAUUAUUAUCCAUUUAAUGAUCUGGAAGCUGAAUCCACCACAAGCUAACUCAACCACAACUAUAGAUAAAAUGGGCGGUCUUCUUCGUCUUGUUGAAGAGAGAACUUACCUUAAAUAUAACUGCACUCAAAACUCCAAUAACACUGACUGUGCUUCUUCAUUUCUUCAAAGAGAGGAUUUUCCAACAACUUGGGAAUGCGUUCCAGUAAGUCGUCAUUUAUGUCAGUUGUUGGAAGAAACACCGUCGGUGAAUGUGAUGUGGAUUUGGGGUCUCGUUAUUGUUAUGGUGGUUCCAGACAUUUACACAAUUAUUCUUUCACUGUGGAGACUCUGUUUUAAGGAAACUCAAAAAUGUGACUUCAAAAGGUUAAUAUUGAGUCUAGUGGUGGAGACACUUCAUACAACGGGUCUUUGUCUUCUGGUUUUUCUUGUGCUUCCCGCGUUUGACCCAAUCACUGCUUCUAUUUUGUCUUGCCUCAUCAUUUUUUUUCCAGUAGUUUUUAGUUUGUUUUGUGACCUCAAAUUCUCUGGAAUGGAUAUAAAAACCAUGACACAAAAAGUGGCCAAUAGUUCUUGUAUUGAAAAAACAGAAUCGACAGAAAGGAAAAAAGAUAUUGAUAUUGAAAAAAAGUUGCAAGAAAGUAAAAACGAUUCUGAUAUAAAAAAGAAUUGUCCGAGGAUAAAAAAUUCUUCUAGUAGUGAAAAAGGAAAGGACUCGAAAGAAAGUAAAAAUGAGUCUGAUAUUGAAAAAGAUGUGCCAGAAAAAGAAAAAGACUCGAAAGAAAGUAAAAAUGAGCCUGAUAUUGAAAAAGAUGUGCAAGAAAGUAGAAAUGUAUCUGGUAAUGAAAAAGAAAAAGAGUUGCCAGUAAGUAAAAAUGAAGAUGACACCAAGUUUUAUGACGUUGUCUUCAAUAUUACACAAAAAGUUGGAUUUGUCUUUUUUCUCAUUUCAUUGGGUUUUGCAGGGUGGUAUAUUUAUAAAAAUUCAGGAGAGGAAAAUUUUGCGUUAAUUUUUUGUCUUUUAAUAAUUUCAUUGGUACUGGUUUCCAUAACCUAUUGGGAAAAUUUUCUAAUGUUUAGUUCCACAAUAACUCUCGAAAAAGAUACAAAUCAGCUAAAAAGUAUAAAAUCAAGGCUCAAAACUUUUCUCAUGGAAUAUAUCCGGUCUAAAAGAGAACUGGUAUCGCUUUUCACAGCUCUAUGGAAAGUGGUUUUGUCUAUUUCGUUUCCAUAUAUCAUUUUUUCAAUAAUGUCGACCGAUGAUUCGACUGCCUACGACACAGCUAAAGCCAUUUCUCUAUUUGGGACUUCCAAAGUAAAAACCUUGACGGGUAAAGUUAUUCUUGAAUCCAGGUCGUAUUUCCCUUAUGGUUGUGGAAGACAUGAUUUGGAUGCUCUUAUAAUAAUAUGUGUUGUUCUCGGCUUUGUUGGAUUUAAAAGUGCACGAUUUGCAUGUAGAGUCAAUCUUCAGUACGUUUGUUUUUCUUCUCCUCUCGUGUUAAGUUGGCUGGGUACCCCUCUUUUGAUUAUACCAGUUAUGAAGCAUCCCUUGUUCUGGACUACCCAGGACUGUAACAUUGUGCAACCUUUAUGGGAGUUAAGAGGGACAUUCAUUAAAGACAUAUGGCAGUUGAUUGUGUCUGGGUGUUUUGGAUUUGUUGCAUGCAUUCUGCUUACUUUAUACGUUUGGACAAACAAUGGAUCCAAGCUAGUUAAGUGCGACAGAUUAUUCCGGAAACCGCCGUACUGUGGAAUAUUUCUAAAUACUUCUUUACUUUUAACGAGGUGUAAAGACACAACGGAACAGAGAGGGGAGGAAAAAAGCGAGGAAGCAGAAAAAUCUACAGGCUCUAUCGACAGUGAAAAAUACUAUAGGCCAUUUGUGUAUUUUUGUGCAACCAUGUGGCACGAGACUGAAACUGAAAUGACGCAGCUACUGAAAUCAAUCUUUAAGGUUGAUUAUGAACAAUUUAUUCAAAAAGAGCACGAAAAAACUCUAAAAGCGAAGAAAAAGUCGUAUAUUAACGAAGACGUUUAUCAAUUUGAAGUACACAUCUUCUUCGAUGACGCUUUCAAACCCCGGAUGAACAAAACUGGUACUAAACAACUGAAAGGCAUAGAAGUUAAUGAUUAUGUCAAGACACUUGAAAGUGUAAUACCAAAAACAGCAAAAUCAAUAUACGGUGGAUUCGAGUUAGACGAAGUAAAGCGAUAUGAGACGCCUUAUGGCGCUAGAUUCGAGUGGGAGCUACUAACAUCGCAGAAACUUGUGGUGCACCUUAAAGACAAAACUAAAAUAAGGAAUCGUAAACGUUGGAGCCAGGUGAUGUACCUUUUCUAUCUUCUAUCAUUUAAAAUGAAUGAGACUAAAGAAAAUGAAAAGGAGAAACUGGAAAACAGUGGUGGAGACUUAGAGGAAAUAAUGAAGAGCUUUACUAACAAUACAUUUAUACUAGCAUUGGAUGGGGAUGUUGAUUUUAAACCGGAGGCAGUAUCACUUCUGCUUGAUCGCAUGAAAAAGAAUCCAUUGGUUGGGGCUGCUUGUGGCCGUAUUCAUCCCAUAGGUUCCGGCCCUAUGGUUUGGUAUCAAACGUUUGAGUAUGCUGUAAGCCACUGGCUCCAGAAGGCUACGGAGCAUGUGUUUGGCUGUGUAUUAUGUUCUCCUGGAUGCUUCAGUUUGUUCCGUGGUUCAGCUUUACUUGCAAAUAAUGUUAUGAAAACUUACACUAAAGUGCCAACUGAAGCUGCUCAUCAUGUGCAGUACGACCAAGGUGAAGAUAGAUGGUUAUGUACCUUACUGUUGAAACAAAAGUACAGGGUAGAAUAUUGUGCUGCCUCAGAUGCUUUGACCUUUGCCCCGGAAGGAUUUUACGAAUUUUAUAACCAGAGAAGACGUUGGGCUCCAUCGACAAUGGCAAACAUUUUGGAUCUUUUAUUGGAUGGAAACAAUGUCAGGAAAACGAAUCAGAAUAUAUCAAGACCGUACAUUUUUUACCACAUUUGUUUAUUUAUUUCCUCAAUACUGACACCAGGAACAAUUUUUCUGUUGAUACUUGGUGCCAUCAUAACAGCUUUUCCACAAAUUGAACCAUGGCUUGCAUUAUUAUUAAAUGGGGUUCCUGUAGCCAUCUUCAUAAUCUCAAUUUACGUCGCCAAAGAGGAAACGCAGCUUUUGUUUGCGGCAAUAUUGUCGACACUUUACAGCUUGGUCAUGUUGGUUGUUCUGAUAGGUUUGCUAAAGGAAGGUGUCGAGGCACAAUUCUGCUCAGUUACAACUGUCUUCUUUUGCUUUGUGGCUGGAGUCUUUGUUAUUGCUGCAAUCUUACACCCAAAGGAAUUUACCUGCAUUCUGCACGGACUGCUUUAUUUUCUGGCUGUACCAUCGAUGUCUAUGCUUUUGAUUUUUUACUCUGUUGGCAAUCUACAUAAUGUUAAUUGGGGAACUCGUGAAAGUAAAACAGCAAAAAAGGAUGACUCCUCUACUCAAAAGAUAAAGAAGCGAGUUCUAGGCCAAUCGUGCUCUUUUGGGGACUGGUGCAGAUGUAUUUUAUGUUUUAACGAAAUUGAGGAUGUCGGACCUGGUGUAUCUGAAGAAGAAAGGAAAUUAGAGGAAGAGAAGCAGCUAAAUAAGGAAACUGACACUAAAGAAAGUGGUAAAAGUCAAAAGAAAUCUAAGGAGGAAGAGCAAGUAGCCGAGGAAAACGGGAAAAACUCAAAAAUCCAAGGAUCCGAGACCAUGAAGAAUGAAGACGCCAAGGAAAGCGCGAAAGUAACGGAAAAGUCAGGACCGAAGGAAAUCAAAAAACGUGGUAUAUUCAGAAAAUGCAAUCCCAUUCAAGAGGAUGAACAGGACUUUUGGAGAAAAUUUAUCAAAAAAUAUCUAAAACCUUUGAAGAUAAAUGUUGUGGAAAAGUCAAAAAUGCAAGCUGAACUAAUUGAACUGAGAAACAAGGUGUUUUUCUUUUAUUUUAUAACAAAUGCCAUCUUUGUAACAAUUGUUUAUGUUCUCACUCAAGUAAAUGCCUAUCAGAAAACACUUUCAAUCCCUCUACCAUGCAGUGUUGGUGAAACACAAGGUGUGAUCGAACCAAUCUCCAUCGCUUUCACUCUUGUCUUUGGAAUACUGCUUCUUAUUCAGUUUUUUGGAAUGUUAACACACCGUGUGUCAACAAUUUCUCAUAUAGUAGCUGCAACAAAGAUCAUAAAUAAAGAAUUGGACAGAAAAAUCCCGAUCAAGAAGUUUGAGAAACCAAUAGCUGAUGCAGUAAAAGAGGAAAAGAAGAAGACAAAGAAUGUCAAUAUUACCAAAUCGUCUAAAUGGAACACGUUAUCAACAGUAUCAACCGCGGUCAAGAUUCUUUCCGGAAAACAUGUAAUGAAACAUCAAAGCAUUAUAGACCUAAGAAAUUCUAUUCAAAUGAAUUUUAAGUUGGAUACGAUUAAAGAGAGCACAGAGGAAGCGGAGAUCCUCAAGCGUUACCCAGAAAAGCCUGUCCCCACCAUGAGUAUUAGAAAUUCACCUCCACCUUUGGAUACAAAGAGUCCCGAAUCCUCGAACCAAUGAAUAUAAGAAUGGAUUAUUUUUUUAUCAUGAGUUAUUUUU